AUGCUUCAUGCAAAUGAGGACUUGAUGUGGCAGUCUGUCUUUGCUGCCCUAGACCUGGUGAUUUCUACGAUUUCGCCUCGCAAACUUCUGUACUUGGCUGCCGAUGGGGUUGCCCCCCGUGCCAAGAUGAACCAACAGCGGGCUCGCCGCUACAGAGCCGCAAAGAGCGCAAAGGAAGCAGCUGAAGCUCAGGCGAAGCAACAACGCACUGCUACAAAUGUAUUUCAAGUAGCAGCGCAAGGUACGGAGGACCAGAAUUCCAAUCAGGCAGACACAGCAGCGGCAAAAGGUUUCGACAGCAACUGCAUUUCGCCGGGUACCGAAUUUAUGGCCUCAUUCUUUCGUCACCUUCGUUUCUAUUGCGAAAAGAAAUUCCAAGAAGAUACAAGGUGGCGGGGUUUGAAAGUGCUUUUGUCAGGUCCGGAUGUCCCGGGGGAAGGGGAGCACAAGAUCAUGGCCUACCUACGGUGCUGUAAGGCCGCUGGUAGUGCGGACCCCAACACGCGUCAUUGCCUGUACGGGCUCGACGCUGAUUUAAUCAUGUUAUCCCUUGCAUCCCACGAGCCACAAUUUGCUUUGCUGAGGGAAGAAGUUGUCUUCGGCCGUCCCACUACAGUUGACGCGGAAGAUAGGAUGCUACGUAAGCCGGAGAAGCUUCAAUUAUUGCACAUCUCGUUGGUGCGCGAAUACUUAGCGCUGGAUCUUUUGCCGGCGAAGAUAGAUUACAGCCAAGAACAGAUUGAAUUUAUGAACCGGGAAACCACUGAUCGGCAGACUUUCUCACCAGGAGGCGGCGGCAAGAUAAAUGAGACAGAAGGAGUAUCGCCGCCGCCGCCAUUGGAGGGACUUCUAAACCGUCAUGUCGAUAAGAUGCUCUGCUGUCCAGGCGAGAGAGAGCGCGCUAUUGACGACUUCGUUAUCUUUUGCUUCUUGGCGGGAAAUGACUUCCUGCCGCAUACGUUUUCUACCGACAUUUGGGAGAAAGGGCUCGACAGAGUACCGUGUAUUAGCCGCAUCCGUAACCAGCAAAACCCCAGCGGAUGGCCCGUGGCUCGUCGGAAAGUGUGGCCAAUUGAAUCUCCUCAAUUUGUACAUCUUUCUCCAGCUAUUUGUAGAAACUGUGGAAGACUAUAA